GCUGCCGCCGCCGCCGCCGACAACGACGACGCGCAGCCGCCCGGGCCCUGCUGCUACUGGGCUCGCACAGCCAGGCAGCCCAGAAUUCUUCUCCUGCUUCCCGGUCUCUCACCAGAAUCUUCCUCAUCAUUUGUGGUCCUGUCUGGGUGCUGCUGACAGAGAAUUUUCUCUGAUGACCCCGAUCCCAGCAGGGUCCUUUCACCAGGAGGCCACUUUAAGUAAAGCCGAAUGAAGCAGGGCUGUUGUGGUGGAAGGUGGCAAUCACAGGAAGACGGUCUCUUGCUUUGCCUCCCGCCCGGUGUCCGGCUCAGCCCUGUCACUCGCUUAUUGCCGGAUGCGAAGCUCUCUGCCAUCUCCAGAAUUCUGAGGAGAAUUGGAAGCUGCCUGAACUGCCCAGCCCAUUCCAAGGCGUUGGAAAAGGUCAUCACACUUCCCAAAUUGAAUCGUGCACAGUCAUUUCUGGAAUAAAAGGAAGAUUUAUAACAUCCCUGGAGAGUUUGUACUCGCCACUUACUUCCCUCAGACCCUGAAGCAGUGAAACCUCACUCUGUCCAGUUCCUGUUUGCCCAGGACCCCCACAGUACACCACCUAUGCAUUCCAGCACCCCCAUCAGCUCCCUGUUCUCCUUCACCAGCCCAGCAGUGAAGAGACUGCUAGGCUGGAAGCAAGGAGAUGAAGAAGAAAAGUGGGCUGAGAAGGCAGUGGAUUCUUUAGUGAAGAAAUUAAAGAAGAAGAAAGGCGCCAUGGAUGAGUUGGAGAGGGCCCUCAGCUGCCCGGGGCAGCCCAGCAAAUGUGUCACAAUUCCCCGCUCACUGGAUGGGCGGCUUCAGGUGUCCCACCGCAAAGGUCUGCCGCAUGUUAUAUAUUGCCGAGUGUGGCGUUGGCCAGAUCUGCAGUCUCACCAUGAGCUGAAGCCACUGGAGUGCUGUGAGUUCCCGUUUGGGUCCAAGCAGAAAGAGGUGUGCAUCAACCCCUAUCAUUACCGCCGGGUGGAGACUCCAGUUCAACUGAACUCAACUCUUCUGAACUCAACAAAAGGUUUUUGGCUGCCAAUUUUCCCAUACUCAGUGCUGCCUCCUGUACUGGUGCCAAGACACAGCGAAUAUAACCCCCAGCUCAGCCUCCUGGCCAAGUUCCGCAGUGCCUCCCUCCACAGUGAGCCGCUCAUGCCACAUAAUGCCACCUACCCGGAUGCCUUCCAGCAGCCUCCCUGCUCUGCAUUCCCUCCCUCGCCUGGGCCAUUCUCGCAGUCCCCAUGCCUGGCCAGCUACCCUCACCCCCAGGGGAGUCCUGAGCCAGUCAGUCCCUAUCAGCACUCAGUUGAAACACCACCCCCACCACCUUAUCAUGCCAGAGAAGUCCCAGGGACCCAGAAUGGCCGACCUCUGGAUGCCACAGCUGAUAGUCAUUUAGUGCUGUCAGUGCCUAAUGGAGACUUCCGUCCAGUGUGCUACGAGGAGCCGCAGCAUUGGUGCUCAGUGGCCUACUAUGAAUUAAACAACCGAGUUGGAGAGACGUUCCAGGCGUCCUCGAGAAGUGUGCUCAUAGAUGGAUUCACAGAUCCUUCCAAUAACAGAAAUAGAUUCUGUCUUGGGCUUCUUUCGAAUGUGAACAGAAACUCAACAAUAGAAAACACCAGGAGACACAUAGGAAAAGGUGUGCAUCUGUACUACGUUGGAGGAGAGGUCUAUGCCGAGUGUGUGAGUGACAGCAGCAUCUUUGUGCAGAGCCGAAACUGCAAUUACCAGCAUGGCUUCCACCCAGCUACUGUCUGUAAGAUCCCCAGUGGCUGCAGCCUUAAGAUUUUCAACAACCAGCUCUUUGCCCAGCUGCUUGCUCAGUCAGUUCAUCAUGGAUUUGAAGUGGUUUAUGAGUUAACUAAGAUGUGUACUAUCCGGAUGAGUUUUGUUAAGGGCUGGGGAGCCGAGUAUCAUCGCCAGGAUGUCACGAGCACUCCCUGCUGGAUUGAGAUCCAUCUGCAUGGGCCCCUGCAAUGGUUGGACAAAGUUCUGACUCAGAUGGGCUCUCCACAUAACCCUAUUUCUUCAGUGUCUUAACAGUCUUGUUUUAACCUAAAUUUCUAUAGAGUAGAUGCCGUUGCAGGCAGUGGCUUAUAUGAUUUUGGAUUUGCAGCUAAUUGAAUAUGGAUAAUAUAUAGAAUUCCUAAUUUUGAUCAUUUGUUUUGUGCUUCCUAGUUAACCUGAGACCAGUAUAAUGCUGUUAGAAAAGCAGAAUUUUGCUGCCUGAGCUGUAAGAAGCAACCUCUUUAGUAGAGGAAGCUAAAUGUAAGGCUAAAAUUGUGUUAAUAGUGUUUGAAGCGUGUCAGCAGAUUAGAAGGCAGCCGUGAAAUGGCAAGUAUAUGGCCCAUCCUUAAAAAUAUUAAAGCUGUUUAUAUACAAAAGUCAGGUACUGGCAGCACUAAAGCAAAUACUGAUAAAACAAAGCAAUCAAACCCAUAGAAUUUAAAUGAUCUUACUUAUAAUGCCAUUGGCAAGAAAAAAAGCAAGCUAGUACAAUCAAUUAUAUAAGAUAAGCCACAUAAACUUUAUUUCUGAAGUUAAAAUACCUAUAGCUGAACUAUUUUGCUGAUAUAUUAAUGGUACAUUUUAAACAAACUGUGAUUGGAAAAGAAAGAAACUGUGAAAUUGAGAGUCGGUUGCGUCGGUAACUGCCACUGUAAAAAAUAAUAAGUCUACUAUAGGAACAGAUGUAAAAGUAACAUGAAAUUAGUUGUAUCCCCAUUGCAAAAUAAGAUCAGAAUUUUCCCAAGAAUCACCUAUGGAGGUUCCUGCUUCCCACCUAGGAAAUCAGUAACUGCUUACUGUCCCGAUAACUUCUGUGUCUACAGUGUGAGCUAUAAGGCCAUGUGUGAUGGUCAUAGAGAUGAAGAGGGUAAAAUAAGAGAAUUAGACAAAAGCAUCACAUGGUUACUUAUAUCUUCUCACAUUCCCACAUUAAAAGUCUCUAGGUGAUGACGUUCUGUUGACAAAUGUUAAUGAUUUACACAUUAUUAUAACAAUGGUGAAGUCUUUGAGAAAAAUUUAGAUACACUGAUGGUUUCAAAUAACUUCCCAUAUAAAGUGAUAAUAAUUUCUUAAUCCCUGUAACAUCUAGGGAACAGUGGAACCAGGUAAUAGGUUUUAUUUUAAACCUGGGUUUUUUUUUUUUUUUUAACAUCUAGAUGAUAAAAAGAGGAAUAUUCCCUAAAUUUCUAGGUACUUUCAUAUAUAUAUAUGUGUUUGUGUAUGUGUGUGUGUGUAUGCAUAUAUAUCUGUAAAUAUACACACACACACAUAUACAUAUAUAUAUGUAUAUAAUUCCAACCUUCUAAACACCGCGCUGCUUGGAAAAACAGUUCUCGUCCUCUCUUAAUAAAUGUCUCAUUUAAGAAGGUAAUUAUGCUUAUAAGAGAUGGUACUUCACUAAACCAAGAGGUUUCUUCAUUUCUUCAACUUUUUCUAGCAUUAGUGCACACAGUAGUUGUUUCUCAUGAAAUUGUAUUCAAGGUAGAAAUGUUGAUAUGACAAAGUGAUCUGCGUGAGGACUGCUGUCAGCUCUCAUAAUGACUGGUGUUCUCUAAUAGAAACUUCAUCUAUACACUAGAAAAUAAAUCUUGCAUUUUACAUGAAAACUAGGUGGCCCACUUAGUAUUUAGAAACCUCAUAGUCUAUUGGUUCAUCAACUAUGUAUUAUGCAUCUCUGUAAGCCAGGUACAAUGUUAGGUACUGUGGAAUUGAAUAUAAGCAGAAAGUCUAAUAGUAAAUAUGUUUGCAUACACAUCUUUGUGUUUCAGAACUUUUAAAACAUGCAAUCUUCCUUUUGUGGGGAAAAAAAAGCAUUUGAUUCCUCAGUUAUCUGUACUUUGAAAUUUACUUCAUUUCUCUUCUGAGCCAUCAAGUAAUGGAUGAAAAUGUUCUAAGAUAAGUGCUACUUUUCUUCCUUAUCUCCAAGUUGCGUUAUUUUCCCCCUUGCUUCCCUAUUUUCCAAGAAUUCCUGGUCUCCUCUUUUUCUUGAGAAAGGCAUUACAAUGCUGAGUCUUUCUUAUACAAGUACCAGCCACAGAGAGUAGCAAGUACAUGUGAUUUUGGCUCCAGGGAGCAAAUAUAGUCUUUUUGAUCUCACCACAAGUGUUCAAACAUCCUCUAAUAAUUUAAUUAAUAGUAACUGGUUGCAUAUAAAGGGUACUUAAAUAUUCAGACUUUCAUGUGGCUUUGGGAGACCAGAACAAAAUAUUCCAUUGAACCUGAAUUAUUUCUUUGCAAAUUAAGUGAUAAAUGUGGUGCAUAAGCAUCAUCGCCAAAUCUCUUUAUCAGGAUAUGUUUGAAAUUCAGAGAACUUAGAAUUGAUAAGAAAUUAAUCCUUUGCUCAUUUUAAUCAGCCUUUAAAAUUUUUUGCUGUAAUGAAUCAUCAAAAUGCCAUGCAGUAUUUAACUUUAGCCUUCUAAAUGCACUCACUUAGCAUUCAUUCCUUGAGAUAGACAAUCAAAAAAAUUAAUAAUUGAUAGCACUCUUAUAGGAUAGCUAGCAAAAUGCACACGCUAAGCCAUUUAGUGCAGCAGCAAUGCCAAACAAGUUUAAGGUUGCCAGGGGCAAGGGCUGUGCAAUAAACAAUCACAUUUUUUCCUGCUUACAAGAUAAGAACAUUUAUCAUAUUGCUGAAAUCUGGGUUUCUUUCCUGUUAAAAAGAAAGUUGAGAUGUGAAAAGUUUUAGUUAGAUGCUCUUUUAAUAUCUGUUAAUGCUUUGGAACUAUAAAAUGUUACUGAUCAACACAUUAACUGUUGGUUUUUUUACACUCAGUAUACAUCAGGAAAAGUUGUGCAUCAAAGUAGCAUUUAACAUCAUGAAGACCCUUGCAUCGUCUUCUAAGGAACUGAAUCCCCAAUAACAACAAAUGUAUUUUAUAAGUACCACCUGCAGGACUUUAAGCUCCUGCUUAACUGAAUGUAUCCCAGAUACUUGGCAUAUAUGUUCAAUAAGUAAAGCAAAAUAUAAUGCAUUCCAAAUCUUAUCUUUCCCUGUUAUGAUUUAGCAGCUGAAGUGUACAACAAGAAGUUGUUUCUGCCAUAUAUUAAGGAUAAGUUGAAAUUAUUGAAAAACCAAAAAAAAAGAAAGAAAUUUUCUAUUUAAAUUAUGCUUUUGAUUAUAAUAUACAAGCUUCAAGCAUCCUACAAAUGCACACUUAUG